CAGUACAACACAAAAUCAAAAAAGCAAUAUAACAGGGCGGGCCGCAUGAACACUCAGUUAAAACCUGGGGUGAGAAAAAGAUAAGAAUAAAACCACGGGGAGCAGAGACAUAAAAUAGCAAACAGUCUGGAGGAUAGAUGAUGGGGGGAGUAACAAAAAAGUGUGUAACAGUUACUCUCCGAAAGCACAUCGGAAGAGCCAUGUUUUUAGAUCUUUCCUAAAGUCUAAAAGAGUGGGGGCUUGCCUGAUUUCAAUGGGCAAUGAGUUCCACAAACGGGGGGCCACAGCGGAAAAGGCCCUCUCCCUUGUUCCUACAAGGCGGGUCUGGGAUAAAGGCAGUGGCGACAGGAGGGCCUCCCCUGACGAUCGAAGAGAUCGGGCAGGUUUAUGGUAGGAGAUACGGUCACGAAGGUAGGUGGGUCCCAAACCGUUUAGGGCUUUAUAUAUGAUGGUCUGCACCUUGAAUUGGGAUCGGAAAAUGAACGGUAGCCAGUGGAGCUCCUUAAACAGGGGAGUAGAUCUCUCCCUGUAACUCGCCCCCGUUAUUAAUCUGGCAGCCGAGCGUUGGACCAGUUGUAAUUUCCGAGCCGUUUUCAAGGGAAGCCCCACGUAGAGCGCAUUACAGUAGUCCAAUCUAGAGGUAACUAGGGCAUGGACCACCGUGGUCAAGUCAGACUUCACGACGUAUGGUCGCAGUUGGCGUACAAGUUUGAGUUGUGCGAAAGCCCUCCCGGCCACCGCCGACACCAAAGCUUUCAUUUAAAAACAUACAUCAAAGCUUUCAUUUAAAAACAUACUAAUAGGAAAGUUCUCUGCCAGCUCUAAAUGAUGAUGAUAGUGAAUAUAUUACUUGCCUAUUCCUUUCAGCUUGACAUGGGAUACAACAUAAUUAAAACUAGAGAUGAAACACUAUUAAAAGACAUACAACGAGAUAUACAGAGUUUAAAAAAACAAGUUAAAAUCCGCUCAUGAAAUGCAGAUUAAAAUUCACAACUUAAAAUUGAUUGGGGUAGGCCUACAGAAAGAGAUGGGUCUUCAAUUGUCUCUUAAAUUCUGACAGCUGAUGUAGUUGUUAAAGUGUUUCUGGUAGGUCAUCCCACAGUCUUUGAACGGUUGAUGAAGAGGUAUUCUGGGUGACAGUCACCAGCCAAGUUCUGGUGGGCUGGAGUAGAUUCCCCUCGCCCCCAAGACGACUUUGGUGUCCUAAAGGGCAGAUAGUAUGGGAGAAGGUGAUAACCAUGUGGGGCUUUAAAAAGGCAAAGUUACCACUUUGGACUUUGCCCAGGAAAAUAAUUGGCAGUCAGUGGAGUGACUUUCAUAUAGAUGUAAUAUUCUCAAGUCUAUAUUCCUGUGACCAAUCUGGCUGUUGCAUUUUGAACUAAUUUGAGUUUCCGAACUUGGUACAGAGGUAAAGCACAUUGUGGGAAUCCAACCUUGAAGUUACCACUGUGUGCAUUACCAUCUUAGGUCCUCAAAUUUUAGGAAGGGGCACAUCCAAAGCUGAUAGUAAGACCUCUGUAUCUUGGGUUGUCACAUAAAAGUCGAGUUGUCCACCAUCUGUGCAUCAUCAUCCUUCCCAUUUCAUUUCCCUGAGGGUCUCUGUAUAUCUGGGAGCCUGAUUUGUAACCGUUCAGAGAGUACAUUCAGGAGCAAUUGUGUCAAUAACUCUGGUUAAUUUUUUAUUCCAUUUCUCGACCAGGAAUUCAACAGGAGAUGCCAACUACAAAACCCUCUGUGGCCUCAAAGGAUUCAUUAGCUUUUGAGGGCGGGCAAUUUAAUAGGUCCUUUUCCUCUGCAGGGAUAGGUUGUGGCUGUGAUACUAGCCCUGACCAGAAAGUGAUCUGUCCAUGACAAGUUGGUGGUAUUGAUCACCUCUGCCACUGAUCCACGUGUUCUCAGCUGAAAACCGUAUCAAGGGAAUGACCUGCUGAAUGUGUAGGUCCAGAAACCAAUUAGGAUAAGCCCAUGUUUGUCAUGGAUACCAUGCACCUGACAAACUGGCCUCCAGUGGUAUGUUGAAGUCACCCAGAAGCAAAAGUCAGAGAACUGAAUUAUACCUUCAGUUAUUCAUACUCAAAAUAUACUGUUUAAAUCUAACUAGGCCAAUCUUUAUGGAAGCCCAUAUAAGGAGUUGUUAAUAUGUAUACCAUCUCAAGUAUUUAUUGUACAUUUUAUUAACACCAUUAACUGAUAUCUUUCUUAGGUAUGCCUUCAUCAUUAUUAUUUUAUAUACGCCCACAUUAUUUCAAUAAAUUUAACAUAAAGUGUUUACUUUUACAACUUUGUAUUGUCAAAGGCUUUCAACCAGAGAAGUCAACUAUAGCAGAGCAUGUGAUAAACCAACCUGGACACAAUAUUAUUUGAGAACACAGAAAUUCUGGACCACUCUGACAACCAUUAUUUCAGACUACUCAGAGAAGCCAUUGAAAUCUGCAAGCACGUGGACAAAUUCAACAGAAAAGAGAAAACCAAGGAAAUGAAAAUCUGGUUACCAGUAUUAAAAAAUGCCAGAAUCAAGACAGUAAAUAAUGAACACCACCCAAAAACAGGAGAACUCCAAACAAUAAGCAAAAUCAAGGGCUAGUUGAUACCUCUCAAGCAGAGGAUGCCUCUAGACAACAAAGGCCAGGCUACUUCUAUGCAGAUACCUGCACUGAUUGACUUUGUAAACUUCAUGGCUACUCAAAUGCUAAUUUAAGCUUACUAAUUACAACAUUCACACUUUCUUUAAAUAGAAAAGGGUCUUUUUCCCACCCUGGACAUUCCACAGGUAUAUAUAUGCUCCACUUCCCUCACUGCCAACAGAACCUCUGAAGCCAGGCAAAACAUUAGGAGAGAAUGCUACUGGAACAUGGCCAUACAGCCUGAAAAACUCGCAGCAACUCAGUUUUACAACUUUUUUCUGCAGAUAAUCCCUUGAGUAAUUGAUAUAACCAUGAAUCUUUCUUCUGUUACCAGCAAUCUUAAAAACAUUUAGACCACAUAGUUGUUUUGUUUUUUAUAUCACAUUCAUAGUUCAUUGUGGAACUACUUGAAUCUUUAUGUGUCUUACCGUUAAUUUGUUUACUUAAAACUCCAGAAUACUAAUUGUGUGCCAUUAAGCAUUUGCAAUGAUUCAUCGUUUGAUUUUUUAAACUUAGUUUGCCAGUGAGAAAAAUUAAAACAGUUUCAGUAGUCUCAGCAUCUUUUAAAAAAGCAACAUUUAUGUUAACAAGAGAUAUAGUUCAACAUCUAGAUGAAUUUUAGUGGGUGGGGGAUGUAAUCAGUAGGGCUAUUGGAAUGGUAAUGUGAAAAGUACAGACAGUGAAACCUGCAUAAUCAGCAUCCACUUACAAACAGUUGGGGGAUGAUACAAGCAUUACCACCUAGGUAAAUUGCUUAACAUAUAUAUUGAAAUGCAAAACGUGUCUAUUUAAGCCAUAGGGAAUAGUUUUUGGUGGGUUUUUUUGUUUAACUAUUUCCUGUUGCAGUUUCUCUACAGGUUCUUUUUUUUUCAAAGAUUACUUCUCAAAGAUUAGAGCCUAUUUUUUCCACAGAAAAAAUAAUGUAAAAUCUUAGAUUAUUGAUUUUUUAGAGUGAUGAAUACCAUGUUUGCAACAAGGUAUCCAUAUAUUUUGUUCCCCAAAAUUAUUUCUAAAAGCUCUAUAACAGAAACAUGUUGCAAUUCUUGAUCUUGGUAUCCUUUCCUCCUUUUCUUGUAUGAAUAUGAAUGUUUUAUAUUUGCUUGCUACUAUCAAAGACUAGAAGACAUAAAAUAAUUUUCUUUGUUUUGUUAAUAUGAAUUGUAUAUUUUUAUUGGGUUUACCCAUUCCUAAUGAAGUUACAAAACUAAAGAGGUUUCCUGCAGUUUCAGACAUUUCAGUUCAAUUUUUCUUUCAUGUCCUUUUAUUCUAUAAAGUCUGCAUUUACAUACGUACAAUAAAAAUAAAACAGCAUCAGAAGCAAAAGAAAAAAAAAGCUACACACUGCAUAGAAGACUAUACUCAACUAAGGGUAAAUACGGCAAUUCCCACACCAACCAGGAAAUAUAAAAGGAAGUGGGACUGACAAGACUGGGAAAACCAAGAAAAGUUGAUGUGGGAUAUUGACUGAAUACGGUAUUGGCAUUUUGGGCCCUGAUUCUAUCCACAGCUGUCACUUCUGGCCAAAAUGCUCAAUGUUUGCAUAGAAAAGGGUUCCCUGCCAAUCCCAUGGAUAUCUAUUUCUGUAGGAUGUUAGGCCAAUUGAAGUUAUAGGACCAAUGACACCUGCCACUUCACUACCCAUCAGAUCAUUCUCUCAGGAAAUCAUAUGUGUCAGGAAUGUAGUAUGAUUUAAAUGCAUUUUAGUAAUGUAGAUCAAAGGAAAUAAAAGAUUUUUAAAAAAUCAAUAACUGCUGGUGUUCCCAAAUCUGCUUUUGAAGUUGACUAAAACCCUGUUUUUAAUGGAUUAUUUAAAUCUCCUAAUACAGGUACAUUGAAUACUGUUGGUUAAUAUUACAUUUUGUACAUCGUAAUGUAGAUAAUGCUUAUGCGCUGAUUCAUAGUUAUUUUAAAUGCCUCUUUAUUCUACAUCAAGUGGAUUUAGCUAGGAGUUAGGAACCAUCUUCAUCCUUACAUAUUGGAGCACGAGCCAUAGUCACAACAAACCUUUGGAAGAACAUAUCAUGAUGAUUUAUUGAAAUUAAUAUGCAGAUUAGGGCCAGUAUUCAUUAAUGGCAUCUUAUGAAGUUUUCAUUUAAAGGAGAUUAAUCUAAGCCCUUCACAGUCCCUGAGCAAUCCUGCCAGAGCAAAAGCAGUUCUCAGCAGAUCUCUGCAAAGAUUAAUGAGGGCUUCUGGACCACUUUCUAAACAAUGCCUUCAGAGUUUAAAAUGAACAAAUAGAAAAACAAGAUAACUUUACUUGUUUCUUGGGUGGCCAUAGUUAUUGCCAAAAGAGGCAUUUAUUCUAUUCCAGAUAGACACCCCAAAAGUGAAUUCAGUGUAUAGUUUACAAAGAGUUUGAAUUCCUAGGAAUUGUAAUUUUGUUCAGACAGAAAGGCAGCAGCCAAUCUAGGAAAAAGAGAUGCUGCUCUGCAGUAUUACUGAAAGUACACAUGCACACACACAUACCUGCAUCCUUGUAAAUUGAUGAGUACAGUAAUACCAGGGUACUGGUGGUAUGGCGCACGCAGGGCAGAUGAUGCAUAGCACUAAAUUGAAAUUUGAAUCUGGCCAGCAAUGAAGGAAAUUGGCUCUUAAUUUUUGAAACUGGCAGAUAAUAUUUUGGGAAGCUUUAAGAGUUCUGUUUUGUCCUUAGGGCAGAGCUUUCCUAACUGUGCCGUGACACAUUAGUGUGGUGAUUGUAGUCUGUAGGUGUGUCUCCUUGACUCUCUUCUACCCUGGGCUCAGUUUCUGGGUUGGAGCUAGGAGGAGGGAAGUUGGGUGAAGUGUGAGAAAGACUAUUCUCACCAAGCCUCCCUCUCCUCGCGCUUUUUCUGAAAACCCACAGAAACCAAGUUGAGGAGGAGGUUGUUAAAUUUUAGACAUCUAUUUUAUAUUGGGGGAGAUGAAGAUGAUGCACACCUUGGGAAAGAAAGAAACUGAAAGUCCUGGUUUGAGCCUUUUUCUCAUUCUCUGCCUCUUUCCCCCUUUUUAAAAAUCUCAGACCCUGAAAAUGGCUAGAAGGCAUUUUCCUCCACUUCCUGUCCCCUCCUCAUUUCUUCUGUGUAUGUGAGAGAAAGCCUUAAAAAAGGAGCAAGGAGAGGGGAAAAUCACUUUUAUUUGACUAUUUGGCAUAAGAAGGCUUUGUAACUCUACUACUCCCAGGAUGCCAAAGUAUUAAGCCAUAGCAGAUAAACUGCCAUCAAACUUUAUUAAUUUGACAGCAUAGAUGCAUCCUUAUGAUUUUUUUGCCUCCUUGCAUAAAAGUAAGCCACAAUGAACUCCAAGAAGCUUCUUGAGGCACUUCUAUACUGUAGAAUUAAUUUAGUUUUACAACACUUAAACUGCCAUGACCCAAUGCUGCAAUCCUGGGAGUUGUUGUUUUACAAGGUAUUUAGCCUUCUCUACCAGUUUGACGGCAUAAAACAAUAAAGUAUAAUGGUAGACUGUACAUUUAUGUCACUUCAUUUUCACUCAGAAACGGAAGUUUUGCAAUGAUAUCAUUGCUGUACUGCGAUUACAAAAUAUUUGCCACUAUAUUGGCAAAUAGAAUUAAGCAAGCUCUAGCACAGAUCAUUCAUAAAGAUCAGGUGGGGUUUAUCCCAGGAAGACAAGUAAAUCAAAACAUCAGACUAAUAUUGAACACCCUGGAAGUAGCAGGAAAAGACCCAAAUAGAGAUUUGGCAUUGUUCUUUAUUGAUGCAGAAAAAGCCUUUGACCAUGUCAGAUGGGAUUAUUUGGAAAAAGUGCUAGAAAAAUUUGAAGUUGGCCACCAAUUCAAAAGGGCAGUAGGGGCUAUAUACACUAAUCAAAGAGCAAGGUUAAACAUCAAUGGUCAACUGUCAGAUGACAUUGACAUACAAAAAGGGACCAGACAAGGCUGCUGGUUGUCCCCACUAUUACUUAUUAUGGGUCUGGAAAUCUUAAAUGUCAGAAUAAGUGAAGAGAAGGAAAUUACUGGUUUAAAGAUCAGUGGCCAAGAACUAAAAAUUAGGGCUUACGCAGACGAUAUAGUCUGUAUCCUAACUAACCCACUACAAAGUAUUAAAAAGUAUUGGACAUUAUUCAAAGAUAUGGUGACACAUCAGGAUUCAUUAUAAACAAGAAAAAAUCUAAGUUUUUAGUAAAAAAAAUACAGAUGCUAAAAGCUCUAAGAAACUGGAGGCCGCAGUAGACUGUGAGGUGAUUCCGAAAGUAAAAUAUCUAGAUAUAUGGGUCACAAACAAAAAUAUCAAUUUAUUCCAGGAUAAUUAUGUUAAAACAUGGGAAGACAUUAAAAAAGAUCUUACUAGAUGGCAAACAAUCCCACUAACAUAGAUGGGCAGAAUUGCAGUAAUAAAGAUGAUGGUACUCCCCAAAAUGCUAUUCCUGUUUCAAAAUAUACCCAUUAUUAAAGGAAUAUUUUUUUUUGAGAAAUGGAAAAGAGAGAUUACAAAUUUUAUUUGGGCAGGAAAAAGUGCAAAGAUAGCAUACCGAAAUUUAAUUGACGAUAAAGAAAGAGGGGAGCUAAGCUUACCCAAUCUAAGGACCUAUUAUGAGGCUGCAGCGCUGUCCUGGAUGAAGGAAUGGAUAAAAUUAGAAAAUAAGACCCUGUUAGAUUUGGAAGGAUAUGAAUUAAGAUUUGGCUGGCACACAUAUGUGUGGUAUAAUGGAGACAAAUUAAAUAAAUACUUUAAUAAACAUAUAAUUAGAGGGGGAUUAUUAGACAUUUGGAAAAAAUACAGGAAAGGUUUUGAACCAAAAACUCCCCUUUGGCUGAGGCCACUAGAAGCAGUUACAAGACCAGACUUAAGCGUAGAAACAAGAACAUGUAAAGAAUACCUUAUUAGAGAAAAUGAAGAGUGGAAAUUAAAAGGGCAGGAAGAAUUAGAGAUUAAUGAUUGGUUUUCAUAUCACCAAUUGCAUGAAAGAUAUAAAAAAGAUAUGAGGGUAGGUUUUGCAACUAAAAAAUCAGAACUGGAAAGAAUAUGGGAAAAGGGAAACAAAGGGUUAAUCUCCAGAUUAUACAAAUACAUAUUAAGUUACAAUAUGGAGGACAACACAGUCAAGACAGUAAUGAUAUCCUGGGCCAAGGACCUAGGUAGGCCAAUAGAUUUGGAUAGCUGGGAGUACCCAUGGAACAAAGAAUUCAAAUUCACAAUAUCUGGAUCAAUUAGGGAGAAUCAAUAUAAAAUGUUUUAUAGAUGUUACAUCACCCCAGCAACAUUGUAGGAAACAGAAAGGGACUUUCAUCCAUAUGUGGUGGACAUGUUCAACCGUAAGGCAUUUUGGAACAAGGUAAUUAAAGAGACAAAUAAAAUGCUACAUAAUAAGAUUUUUAAAAGCCCAGGAUUGUGUCUAAUAGGUUUACAUAGAGAAAACAAUAACCAGAAGGACCAAGAAAUAUACCAAUAUAGCUUUGCCGCAGCAAGAUUGACCAUAGCCAAAGACUGGAAAGGAGAAAAAGGUUUUAACUAAAAAGGAUUGGAGGGAAAGAAUGCAGUAAUAUAUGCUAAUGGCCAAACUUACCAAUAAUAGGAGGAACAAAAGUAAUGAGGACUUUUUAGAAACAUGGAAGUUGGCCAUAGCAUAUCUGAAUAGAGAGUCAGUAAUAUAGAAGAGUUCCAUUAGGAAUUUAGGGUUACUAUUAACAAGGAUAGAUAAAUUGGCUUAAAGGCUUCAUAGUGCUUCAGGGUUGGAAGUCAUGGUGAACGGUGCACGGGUGGGGAAGGGGUUUUAUUUUGUGUGGGAUAGGGGUUUAGGUGCGUGCAGGGUCUGUUGUGUGUAACACGUUUGUAUGUCUUUGUUUGAAUGUUAGGGUGAAUUCUUAUAUUUAUUUUUUUAAAAAUGAGUAGAAAUCUAGAUUGAAAAUAGUGGAUAACAUGUAGAAAGAGCAAUUCUAAAUGUUUUGAAUUACAGAUAAUAAUAUGUACUUAACGUUAGAAUUAACUGGGUGAUUGACUAAUGUAGAUAUGCAUGUGCAUUUCUAAAGGAUUGUUAUUUGACUUUAUCUGCUAUAAUUUUCUGUUUUGUUAUGUAACAUAUCAUUAAUAAAUUGUUUACCCACCAAAAAAAGAAAAAAAGAAAAAAAAGAAACAGAAGUUUUGGAACUUGCUGCACCUAUGGACAGAGGUAGGUCAUAGUAAGAAACCUGAUGGAAUAGAAUCUGCGCAAGAACAAUUCAGUCCUUUGUUGACAUCUUUCUCCUAUGCUUACACAAUCCAGCCAUUUUAUCCCCAAUUAUGUUUUUCCUUUCAACCUUCUAGCAAAUCACAGGGGCUGCUUAUUUUGAAAUCUUGGCCUGAGAGAAAACUGGAAUUUGGGGAUACUUGGUGUCUCACAAUCCAAAAUUGGGAUAAUGUUCGUCUGCUUUUAAAUGACUUAGGGUGUGGAGCAGUUUGACAUACAGCGUGUUUCUGAAAAUUAUUUUGCAUAACCUGAGAUUUCUCAUUUUGUCUAGCUCCUUAGUUGAAGGCAGGUGAUUUCCAAGGCAGCUUCAGUCUGUAGAUCAUUAACAUCCUAAUUUGAUUCAUCUGAUCAGCUGGACAAGAAGACCUUUGGACUUUUCUAGGAGAUCAGUGAGCAUUGUUGGAGGCAGGCUGCAUGCAAAGACUGGCUAAUGACUCAGGCUGUGGUUUCACGCUUCAGGAAUUUGCCUUUAGCUGGCACAGUCUGCUUGCGGUCCGCUUCUCACCCUACCAGUGGGACAUCUCUCAAUAUGACGCUCAGGGAACAUGGGCUGCAUUUCUUCCGCAGUGCUAUUGGAACUGUCCUCCCAGGACCCAUGUUGAAACGAGUGCUGGUGCUAGACACAAAAAGUGGUUGUCCCAGAUUACUGGUGCGCGAUCAGUCUUUUGAACUGAGGAGGAACCUGUAUUUGGUUGGCUUUGGGAAGGCUGUACUGGGCAUGGCAGCUGCAGCAGAGGACAUCCUUGGGGACCACCUUGUUCGGGGAGUGAUUAGUGUUCCACAUGGCAUCCAAGAAACUAUGCAGCACCGAGGAAUGAGAGAGAUGUUGCUGAAGCCCCAGAGCCACAUUCUAGUUAUGGAAGGAGCUAAGCACAAUCUUCCUGACAGAGAUGCUUUGAAGGCAGCGAGUGCCAUCCGGGAUUUGGCCGAGAGCCUAACCACAGAGGACCUUCUCCUGGUGCUGAUCUCAGGAGGUGGGUCUGCACUUUUACCUGCACCUAUCCCUCCAGUCACUCUUGAAGAGAAGGCUACCAUCACCAGGCUGUUGGCUUCAAAAGGAGCAACCAUUCAAGAGCUCAAUACUCUUCGAAAGACUCUUUCCUUGUUGAAAGGUGGAGGACUGGCCCGGUCUGCCUAUCCUGCCCAGGUGUUGAGCCUCAUCCUCUCUGAUGUCAUUGGGGAUCCGUUGGACAUCAUAGCAAGUGGACCUACAGUUGCCAGUUCUCACAGCAGACAGGAUUGUUUCCAGAUCCUGGCCAAAUAUGAUAUGCUGAAUGACCUGCCAAAGUCUGUUCAGACCGUUUUGUCUCAGUCCAUUACAGAGCGUGAUAUGCCCCAAGAGUUUCUCCAUGUCUGCAACAUUGUCAUUGGUUCUAACAGAUUAGCUUUGGAGGAGGCCAAAUGCCAGGCAGAGAGUCUGGGUUAUCUGUCUGUGCUUCUGAGUGAUGCUGUGUGUGGGGAGGUCAGCACAGUUGCCCAGCUUUACAGUCUGUUGAUUCAGUUUGUUUGCUUGAGCAUUGCCAGGAAUGACUCCAUGAAAAACAAGGUGAGGGGAGCUCUCUCAAACCUGGCAGGAGAGCUGGCAAUCCCAGGAUUGGAUCUUAUUGAUGUCUUCAAAACCUUGGAAGAAACCCAGGGAAAUAUGCCCAUUUGUCUCCUGGCUGGUGGAGAAACCACUGUGCAGCUUCAAGGAAAGGGAAAGGGUGGGAGGAACCAAGAACUGGCUCUGCGAGUGGCCUUGGAGCUGCACCAAGCUCAGUCCAUGGCAGCAGAAUACUUUCUUGAGAGAUGUGAAGUUGCCUUCCUGAGUGGGGGAACUGAUGGACAAGAUGGACCCACAAAGGCAGCUGGGGCCUUUUGUAGCCAAGCACUGGUGAAAGAAGCUGAGCAGCAAGGUUUGGUGGUUGAAGAUUUUUUGAGCAACAAUGAUUCGUACACAUUCUUCUCCCAAUUCCAGGGAGGACAUCACCUCUUGAUGACAGGCUUGACAGGCACAAAUGUCAUGGACAUUCACACUAUUUUAAUCAGAGCCAAAGGACUUUAGUGAUGCGGCAGAUGUUACAGAUUUUUAAAAAGAAGAAUUAAAAAGGAAAAAAGCAUCUAACCAUGAGCAGCUGUGAUCUCCAUAAAUUGAGGAAUAUUGUUGUCCAGACUGUGUUAAAAUUAAGGACAUAAGAACAAGUUAAAACUAGACACAAGGUGUAUUGUUGGGUGGCUUCAAGUUAUUUCCAAUUUUAAGACCUGUAAGUCUCAGUGGCUUUCUAUUCUAUGAUAUCCUUUGGGAAUGCGGCUUUCCAUACUAUGAUAUCCUUUGGGAAUGCGUGGCAGGGGGGAGGAUUGGAGGCUCUGUGGAGAUUCCAGUCAUACCUCUCAGGCAGGAUUCAGAUGGUAGGGCUUGGGGAUAGCUGUUCCUCAAAAAGGAGUUGUCAUAUGACAUCCCACAAGGUGCCAUUCUAUCCCCAAUGCUUUUUAACAUUAACAUGAAACCACUGGGAGAGAUCAUCUGGAGGCAUGGAGCAGGUCCUAUCAGUAUGCUGAUGACACCCCAAUAUAUUUCACCAUGACUUCCAAAACAGCUCUUGCUAAGGAUAGCGUGUCUCCUCUGAAUUAUUGCCUGAAGGAGGUAAUGGACUGGAUAAGAAAAAACAAAUUGAAACUGCAUCCAGACAAAAGAGAGGUGCUUGCACUAAGGGUCCUAAUCUGGGGAUGGGGGUGUGUCAGCCAGUUCUGGACAGGAUUACACUUCCUUUAAAAGACUGUUCACAGCUUGGGAAUGCUCCUGGAUCCAUCUCGCUAAAUGUCAGCCAGGUAGAUGCAAUUGUCAGGAGUACUUAUUAUCAGCUUUGGCUGAUAUGACAGUUUCCUAGAUUUGGAGGACCUGAAGAUGGUAGUGCACACACUGGUAACCUCAAGACUGGACUUCUGCAAACGCUUUACAUUGGGCUACCUUUGUACCAAGUUCAGAAACUUGUUGAUUCAAAAUAUGGCAGCCAGACUGGCUACAGGAACAUCUAGGAAUGAGCAUAUUACAUUUAUCCUAAAGUCACUCCACUGACUGCUAGCUAGUUUCCAAGCAAAGUACAAAGUGUUGGUUUAGACCUUUAAACCAGACAUGGUUUGGUUACUACAGGUUACUACAGGAUCACCUUCUCCCUUACAAUCCAUCCCUCACACUUAGAUCCUCUGUGGUGGACUACUCCAGCUCACCAGAACCUGACUGGUGACUAUCACCCAGAGGAUCUUUUCAUCAGCUGCCCCAAGACUGGAAUAACCUGCCAGGACAGACACAAUUACGACACAAUUGAAGAACCAUCUCUUCUAGCAGACCGAUCCAGAUUUUUUAAUAAUAAAUUUUAGACUUGUGUCUCGUGUCCACUACAUUUUAAUCAUUGUUCUGUGUAUUUUAAUAUAUGUAUUGUAGAAAUAGUUUUAAUGUGCAUUUAUAUAAUGAUAAUUUGUUUUUAGCUAUGUUGUAACCUGCCUUGAGCCACGAGGAGAGGUAAGAGAUAUAAUAAUAAUAAUAAUAAUAAUAAUAAUAAUAAUAAUAAUAAUAAUAAUAAUUAUUAUUAUUAUUAUUAUUAUUAUUAUUAUUAUUAUUAUUAUUAUUAUUAUUAUUAUAAAGGAAGGGAUGGUGAUAUAACAGAAACCACAGCGAGAGCAUUAGUAUAGCAAGAAAAGUAAUAAAAUUAAUGGUGAUAGAAUAAAGGUAGUUACUGUUCAGUAAGAACCUUGAAAUUAAUCUAGAAAAGAACAUCUGAUGAGAUUAACUGGGAAGGUUUAGCCAUUUUUGAACAUAUUAAGUGUUAUCUGGCAUAAGAUAUAAAUGGAUACAAAUUCGUAAUCUAAAUAUUUGGUUUUUGAUAUCUGAUCUUGGUUUUUGUAAAAUUGAUUUUAAAUGGUAAAAUGGCAGUAUAGUCAUCAGGUUCACUUGGUAGAAAAGAGCUAUGGUGCCUUUGAGCUAGUUUAGUGUGACCUGAGCUUUUCUAGCCCACAGCCUAUUUCAACAUAUAUUUUCAAAUUCAGAACUCACCUGAAGGAGCCUGCAGCUGUGAAGUUUCAAGGUCUUAAAUGUCAAAAACAAGCUUUUGUUUUGAUUCUCUUCUUAUUCCAAUGUGAUGUCUGUAACCGUAUUUUUUACAUUCUUGUCAAAGCUUGGCAUUCUGCACUUUGGUCGAUCCAUAACAAGAACUAAGACUCAUCUGUCAUACGGAUUGCAGCAGGAACUACCAGGAGGCUGCCUCUUGCGCUGUUAGUGGGAUGCUCUGUCAACAACCCUUCCUCACCAACAAGCUUGUGCCCUCCGGGUGUUUUGCACUGCAAUUCCCAUCAGCACCAGCUAUUAGUGACUAAUUGUUAGAGAUGAAGUCCACAAUAUUUGAAGGGCACCAGUUUAAAGAAAGCUGUUUUAAGUGUUUGUGAUUUGUGAGUGGCAGGAACUUUCAAACUUGUAUAUAUCAGUUUGUCAGAGAAGUGAGCUACAGUGAUUGUAGUGAUAAGAGCCAGUAUUCAGUAGGGGCCUCAUCCUGUCUGAUCUUGAAAGCUAAACAGAAUCAGUUCUAGUUUGUACCAAGAAAUAUCAAGUUCUAUAGGCUAUGUUUCAGAAGAAAUAACUGACAAAAUCGUAUUCACAAUCCCUGCCUAGUCACAAUUCCGAUACUUGUUGUCAUGAUUGUAACUGCUCCGCCAGCCUACUUUCCUGGGUGUCAAGUGUGUAAGUCUAUUCUGCCAGUGAUUAGAGCAUGGGUGCAUUUCUGACAGAUUUGAGGCAUGGUUGGGCCAAGAGACAUUAUUUAACUUAUAAGCUGAUACAGAAUAUAGGCCAGUGUUCUUUGUCAAAUGUUGAUCAUUUUCUGAAAUCUGUUCAAAAUAUUCACUGAAUGAUUUUAAAUCACAAGGGUUAUGAGGCCAUUGUACUUCAGGUUAUCUUUUUCAAUAGGUUUUCAAUCAGCAGUAAUAAAUCUUAUGUCUCUUUCUUAUCUUUCA